AUGCACUACAUGAGAUUUCUGCGGCUACCUUCGAUCGAGCGAGGACGGUCCAACUUUUACAUCAAAAUUGUCGUCACCAUCUCGACGGACCUUGGAGACUCGUUCCUCGACCCCGAGGAGCCCAUCGAAAUCUCGGUCAUUGGCGCCUACCCGAGCCUCAAAGAUGGCCAGAAAACCCUCGUCCCCGUCAUCCUGACGCCCGGCAACGCCCCCAGAUGGCGUGCUGGCAUGAGGGUGCUGAAGAUGGACCUCCCAUUGCCAUCAGAUCAGAUCGAAACGGUGCAGGUCCGCCCCUCAAACCGCAAACUGGCCGCCCUCGGCACCUUUGACAUGUACCCAGCCACCGGGGAGGGCCUCAUCCUGGGUGCCUAUGCCGACGUGUCCUCCUCGCCAGCUACACGCGCGCCCGCUGCGUGUUUCCGGAGUCUCCGGCUGACCACGGCCGACACGGCUGCCACAACCGCCCUCCAGGUUCAGGAAGACAUUGGAGACAGCAUUGCCCGCCACAUAUGGGAUGCUGGAAUCCUGACUGUCUCUCUCGUUGCGGAUAUGUGCUUGCGCCCCACGGCCCCCCUCAGUAAAGAGCCGUUGCCCCUCUUGAGCGCCAUCUUGCGCCGCCGAGACCGGCCCCUGAACUUCCUCGAGCUGGGAUGUGGCAUCGGAACUUUGGGGAUCGGGAUCGCGCGCGUUCUCGCUUCCAUGACCCCCCCAGAGCAAGGCGAAGCCGGCCAUGUCCUCAUGACUGAUCUUCCUGAUGCCGAGAGGUGGGCGCGGGCCAAUAUCACGCGCUGUCUUGGCCAAGCCCAGUCAUCUCACGGUGCGAUGCCUCGGAUUGACUACGAGAAUUUGGACUGGAACGACGGGAAAGACGGCGUGUUUGGCGAAAAGGCUCAAUCCCGGCCGUGGGAUCUCGUCAUUCUGAGCGACUGCACCUACAACGACAUGUUGCCUACUCUGGUCCAGACGCUUUCGGCCAUACACUCACACUCUGCCCAACGCGCUGUUGCCGAGGACACUCCCACCGACACCAAGAUCAUGCUUUCUACCAAGCUCAGGCACCCGUCAGAGAGGGCCUUUUUUAAAUUGAUGUCCACUGAUGGCUGGCUGGUGGAGGAAAAGACCAUACUGCCGCUGCCCGUCCUGAAUGCGGAGCCACAGACGGUUGAGGUCUAUCUCUUCUCAAAAAACAUAAAAAUGAAACACCAAUGGCAGUAA